CCUGAUUCCCCUGCCCGAACUCCUCUUUGCGCCUGCAGCUCCUCGCCGGAGUAGGCAACCGGACUCCAGCCAGGCCUCUCCCUCUUCUCUCUGCUUCCCCUUCCCUCUGCUCUCCAUUCCCCUCUUUGACCCCUGCCUUUCUCCUCUUGUCGACAGGAACAACGACGCCAUGGAGCCCGAAGCUCGAGCUCAUCCGGCACCAUCUAGACCCAUCUCCGGGGACCGGAUCCACCUCCCACCGCCGGGAAUCGGUUCCCCUCGACCUCGCGCCGCCUCUGGUGGUGGUCCUGCCGUCUGCCGUUGCCGGAAGUGCCAACACCGCCACCACUCGUCUUCCUGGAAGCCGCUCCCCUGCUUCGCCUGCUCGUCCGAAGCCGAACGCGCUGGAGGGCAUGCAUCGCGCUGCCGUGCCCCCUCCACCGCCUGGAGCUCCAACCUCCGCCGGAGCUCUGCCGUCCCCGCGCUCCUGCCGCCCCGCGAGAUCCGGCAGAUCUCCAAGGCCCGCGCCGCCCGUCGCCGGAGCGUCAUCCCCGUCCCUGCUGAACCUGCCGCUGACUUCUGCUUCCUCUUCAUCGAGCAGGAGCGCUCGUCCCUGAUUCCCGUGCUACCUCUGUUCGAGAGGAGGAGGACGAGGUCGAACGCCCGCGUUGACUGCGCCACAUCCGCAAGUGGACCGCGCCCCUCCUCAAGGCCCAGCGACUGGCCUGCCUCUGCUCCCCGACCUGGGCCUUGGGCCGAAGGUAUUACAGUUUUACAGGAAAACCCUUGCACUUCAUACAUUUAA